AUAAAAGAAUCGAGAAAUAAAACCGAAGGUAUCUAUCGAAGCUAUGAUCGUGGAAGAUGAAAAGAGUGUACAAGUUACACGCUACACUGAUCAAAACUGGACAACACGACAACCCACACUCUCUCCGCUCCUUCUUCCUUAGCUGCGUACAGUCAUCAUGUUCCCUCGACACUGCACGCUAUGCCGCCUCCGUCUUACUCCGUUUCCCCAUACCACCCGACCCAUUCUUAUACAACACCGUCAUCAGACACGUGGCACCCCACUCUCCCACCCUCGCCCUUUCCAUAUUUUCCCAUAUGCACCGUAACGCCGUCCCCUUCGACCACUUCACCUUCCCACUUAUCCUCAAACACCACAACCAUCACCACCACCUUCAUUCCCUCGUUUUCAAACUCGGUUUCGACUCCAACAUCUUCGUUCAGAACGCGCUUCUCAACGCUUAUGGUUCUCGUGGCUCCAUCAACUUUGCAGUCAAACUGUUCGACGAAAUGCUUUACAGAGACUUAGUUUCUUGGUCCACGUUAAUCGCUUGUUUUGUCAACAACAACCUCCAUUUCGAAGCGCUUUCUCUUUUCCAACAAAUGCAGUUACGUGACCCUGACAUUGGAAAUUCAUCUGAUGGGGUUAUCAUGUUGAGUGUGAUAUCUGCGGUUUCGUGUUUAGGUGUGCUUGAAUUGGCUAUCUGGGUUCAUUCUUUCAUUGUUAGGAUAGGGCUACCACUUACUGUUCCAUUGGGUAGUUCUCUUAUUAACAUGUAUUCGAGGUGUGGUUCUAUUGAUCGUUCUGUCAUGGUAUUUGAUGAAAUGCCUCACAGAAAUGUAGUUACUUGGACUGCUUUGAUUAACGGGCUUGCUGUGCAUGGAUGUAGUAGGGAAGGUUUGGAAGCUUUUUAUGAUAUGACGGAGUCUGGUUUGAAGCCUGAUCGGGCUGCAUUUAUAGCUGCUUUGGUGGCUUGUAGUCAUGGUGGUCUUGUGGAGGAUGGUUGGCGGGUUUUUAGGAGUAUGAGGGAUGAGUUUGGAAUUGAACCUAUGCUUGAGCAUUAUGGUUGUAUGGUUGACCUUCUUGGUCGUGCUGGGCUUCUUGUUGAAGCUUUUGAGUUUGUGGAGGAAAUGCCUUUGAAGCCAAAUUCUGUUAUUUGGAGGACUUUGCUUGGGGCGUGUGUGAAUCACAAUCAUCUUGUGUUGGCUGAAAAGGCUAGAAAAAUGGUCAAUGAGCUUGACCCACAUCAUCAUGGCGAUUAUGUGCUUUUAUCGAACGCUUAUGGUGGAGUUGGCGACUGGGGUGGUAAGGCUGGCUUGAGAAAUUCUAUGAGGAAGAAUAGAAUUGUCAAGGAGCCUGGCCUCAGUUUUAUCCAUAUUGAUCAAGGGGUCCAUGAAUUUGUCUCUGGUGAUCAUUCUCAUCCACAAUGGGAGGAGAUUACAAAAUUUUUAGUUUCAGUUAUAGAUACAGUAAAACUAGGAGGUUACACCCCUAAUACUUCCUCCGUGUUACAUGAUAUUCAAGAGGAAGAGAAAGAGCAUUGUGUGGGUUAUCAUAGUGAGAAAUUGGCAGUGUCUUAUAUGCUUCUUUAUCAUAGGGAUAGAAGGACCAUUAGGGUCUUUAAAAAUCUUAGGAUUUGUUAUGACUGUCAUGAUUUCAUGAAGCAUGUUUCGGGCAUCUUUGACAGAGAUAUUAUUAUUAGAGAUCGAAAUCGGUUCCAUCACUUUAGCGAGGGAUCAUGUUCUUGCCGAGAUUUUUGGUAAAACGUGCUAGUUCAAGUAUAAAAAUCUAUGUCAACAUUCAUUUGUCAGCAUCCAUAAAGGUCCCUCUGCCGAGAGUGCAGUUCUAGGGACAUACCAGUAUCACAUCAUCAAUUAGUUUCAAGUAACUGGUGGCUCCACAAUGGGAUUGGAAAUUUGGAAAUCACUGGUUCUUCUAACAAUGGCAGUGAGGAAGGUAUCACUUUUGUGUUAUCCUUUCUAGCAAGCAACCACUUUUGCAUUAUCACUUUUGAAUUUGAUCUCAAGAUUAGUUAGGUCUGCUAUAUGCAGUAUGGUCUUCGCUGAUGAUUCAUGUUUCACACAGAAAUCCUCGUUGAGGAAAAUUGGUUUGGGUAAGGCAAACCAUGGUUUGCAUUAUAUUUGGGAGGCAAACAUGCCAUAUAUUUGGGAGGUAAAUAGGGGGAAAAGAAAUAAAAUGGGAAACACAAUACUUAUACUUAAUGUUUGACAUUUAUACCCUUUUGGCUUGGCUCAUUGCAGGACUAAAAAUAAAACUGUCUUCAAUUUUCCUUUCAUAAGACUUGAGAAAAAAAUGAAAAUGGUAUGCUUGCUAGUUGUUUCUUUGCCACUAUGGAGCAUGCUUUUGAUGUCUAUCUCCUCAGGUGAUACACCAAGGGAGCCAUUAUUUUCUGCAAUGUUUGUGUUUGGAGAUUCAUUAGUGGACAAUGGAAAUAACAACAAACUCCAUUCUUUAGCAAAAGCUAACUACGUGCCUUAUGGCAUUGAUUUUCCAGGGGAUCAUCCAAGUCCAACUGGCAGAUUUUGUUACGGCAAAACCUUCGGAGAUUUUCUCGAUACCAUAGAACAAAGUAUCGACAUUUCCAGGGGGAGUAAACUAUGUUUCAGCCAGUUCUGGGAUACGUGAAGUGACAGGGCGAAAUCUGUUAAUCUCUAUGCUAAUGUUUGUGUUUACUGGAACAGUUUUUAUAUAUUGUGUUCGUUUUCUUGAAAAUGUUAUGUGGCCACAGGGAGAACACAUUAGCUUUACCCAGCAGGUGAGUAAUUUUGAAAAAACACUUAGUCAGACGAAGAGCCUAAUGGAGGAUGAGAAUUUGAGUCAGUACUUGGCAAACUCAUUCACAACAGUGAUCCAUGGCAGUAAUGAUUACAUAAACAACUAUCUCAUGCCUGAAUUUUAUGGUACUAGCUUCAUGUACAGCCCAAAUAACUAUGCUGAUAUCCUCAUAGAGCAUUACAAAGAGAAUAUUUUGGUAAA